AUGUUUCGAAUUCCGGCAGUACGUGCUGCUACCAUCGUAGGACGGAACCCGGUGCGCACGUUGGCCACCACACCGGCGGAGCUGCCCGAGAAGAUCGAAGUAUUCGUCGACGAUCAGCGUGUAUUGGUGUCCCCAGGCACCACCGUUUUGCAAGCCGCUGCACAAGUAGGCGUUGAAAUACCUCGCUUCUGCUACCACGAACGGCUGGCGGUGGCCGGAAACUGUCGCAUGUGUCUAGUGGAGGUGGAAAAGUCUCCCAAACCGGUGGCCGCCUGUGCGAUGCCGGUGAUGGAAGGAUGGCGCAUCAAGACCGAUUCGGAGAUGACGCGCAAGGCUCGCGAAGGUGUCAUGGAGUUCCUGCUAAUGAACCACCCGCUGGAUUGUCCCAUCUGCGACCAGGGCGGUGAGUGUGACCUGCAGGAUCAGGCGAUGGCGUUCGGUUCGGACCGGUCGCGCUUUACCGACAUCGCGUACACUGGCAAGCGGGCGGUCGAGGACAAGGAUAUUGGGCCGCUGAUCAAAACCGUCAUGACUCGGUGCAUCCACUGCACGCGCUGCAUUCGCUUCGCUUCAGAGGUGGCCGGUGUGGACGAUCUUGGGACGACGGGUCGCGGCAAUGAUAUGCUGGUCGGCAUGUACGUGGAGAAGUUGUUUCUUUCCGAGCUGUCCGGCAACGUAAUCGAUCUGUGCCCGGUCGGUGCACUCACGAACAAGCCGUACAGCUUUCUCGCACGCCCUUGGGAGAUCCGUAAGACCGAAUCGAUUGACGUGCAUGAUGCGCUCGGUAGUAACAUUGUCAUCAGCACGCGCACCGGCGAAGUGCUGCGUAUUCUGCCCCGCGAAAACGACGCCAUCAACGAGGAAUGGUUGUCCGACAAGUCUCGCUUCGCUUGUGAUGGACUAAAGCGCCAGCGGCUGAUUGUGCCGAUGUUGCGCAGCCCCGACGGGAACUUGGAUGCAGUCGAUUGGGAGUCUGCCCUGAUCCGAAUCGCGCAAGCACUACGAGAAUCUCCCAAGGGCAAGGUGGCCGCCGUCGCGGGUGGCUUAACCGAUGCGGAAGCACUGGUAGCGCUGAAGGAUCUGCUGAACCGGCUUGGCUCGGAAACGCUUUGCACCGAGCAGAAGUUCCCGAUGGACGUCUGCGGAACGGAUUUCCGUUCAACCUAUCUUUUCAACUCAUCAAUUGCCGCCUGCGAAGAAGCCGACUUGGUGCUGCUCGUUGGUACAAAUCCACGCUAUGAAGCACCACUCCUAAACACACGCCUGCGCAAGGGCUACGUUCACAAUGAGCUGAAUAUUGCGAUGAUAGGACCGAAAGUGAACCUUUCCUACGACUAUGAGCAUUUGGGAAACGACCCUUGGUUGGUUCGCGAUAUUGCAGAAGGAAAUCAUCCAUUCACCAAGAAGCUCAAGGCAGCCAAGAAGCCAUUAAUAAUUUUGGGCGCCAACCAGCUGGCUCGAAAGGAUGGCUCGUCAUUCUUGACCAUGCUGCACGUGUUUGCCAACUCAUUGACGCCUGAUGAUAAAAAUUGGAAGGUAUGGAAUGUGCUGCAAACAAACGCCGCACAGACCGCAGCACUCGACGUAGGAUACAGUCCGGGCAUGGAUACAGUGUUCGCUUUGCAGCCAAAGGUGCUGUUCCUACUGGGAGCCGACGGUUUUGGUGUGUCGGACAAGGAAAGGCUCCCCCAAGACUGCUUCAUUGUGUACCUAGGGCACCAUGGCGAUGUCGGAGCACAGCAUGCCCACGCUAUCCUACCCGGUGCUGCGUACACCGAGAAACAGGCUACCUACGUUAACACAGAGGGUCGCGCCCAGCAGACGCUUGUUGCCGUCACGCCUCCCGGAUUGGCACGGGAAGACUGGAAGAUAGUUCGUGCUCUGUCCGAGGUGGUCGGGUCACCUCUUCCCUACGACGACCUGGACGAACUACGUGUCCGUAUGGAGGAAAUUGCGCCCCACUUGGUGCGCUAUGGCCUCCUCGAGAUAACCAACUUUUCUAAAAUCGCUGAUGCAUUGCUGAAGCACGAGUCGGUUUACUUCGACGACAGCAACGUGGUGGAUGUGGCACAGAAGAAACUGGAAGACUUUUUCAUUACCGAUCCGAUUACUCGCGCCUCUCCGACGAUGGCUAAGUGCGUUACUGCGGCAAAGAAGCAAGCGUCCAAAGAAGCCCGUUAAUUGGUGCAAUUUUUCGAUUUUGAUAGUUGUUAUUUCAUUCCACACCACGUGUUGAUAGCACACAUGGUCGACAUAGUAUUUACUGAUAUUUCACAUUUCAGAAUUGACUGAGAUUGAUGUUUUGUAUAAUAACCAAUACCAGUGGCUGAAGUACAUCUCAAUAAAAGCCUCAAAAAGCUAGUAUACUGUUCAAAA